AUGUCAAAAUCUUCAGAAGAAGUGCUGUUGAUUGUCAAAAAUGUGAAAAAUAAGAAGACAGAUGGGACUUUAUACAUGAUGGGAGAACGAAUGGCCUGGAUGUUGGAGUCCAAAAAUGUUUUUAACAUAAGCUAUAUGUAUGCAGAUAUUAAAGCACAGAAAAUAUCACCAGAUACUAAAGAGAAAGUGCAGCUGCAGAUUAUUCUUCAUGAUGGCAGUGCAAAUACAUUUUUAUUCAAUAACCCCAAAAGUAGACAGUUACAGAUGCAAGAUAGAGAGUCAGUAAAGGAGCUUCUGCAGCAAUUGUUACCUCGGUUUAAGAGAAAAAUCAGCUCAGAAUUAGAGGACAAGAACAGGAUACUGCAGCAAGAUCCAGAAUCAUUUCAGUUAUACAAAGAUUUGGUUGUGAGUGGUGUAGUUACCCCUGAAGAUUUCUGGGCAUCAAGAUCUCAUAUGCUGACUUCAGCAAAUAAUAAAACCCAACCAGGACAAAAUGUUGGAGUGUCACCUGCAUUUCUGGCUGACAUUAAGCCACAGCAAGAUGGUGCUAAUGGUCUCAAGUAUAAUCUCACUGCUGAUGUGAUCCAGUCUAUUUUCAAAACAUAUCCCAUGGUGAAAAAGAAACAUGCAGAAGCUGUACCCCAUCUUGUCAGUGAAAGUGAAUUUUGGACACGGUUCUUUCAGUCACAUUAUUUUCAUAGAGAUCGACAUGCUUUAGCAUCAAAAGACAUCUUCACAGAGUGUGCCAAGAUCGACGAGGAAGUGAUGAAGGAGGAAAUAACUAGAAAUGCUAAUGAUCCAUUCAUUGAUCUAACACACAUAAAAGAUCAAGGAAUAGAUGAUGAAUACAGAGGCAUUGUAGAUGAUACGAGGACAAGCAACAACAUAGCCAACCAGGCGAUGAUCAGGCGUUUUAAUCAGCAUUCAACAAUGGUCCUUCGUGCCUGUAACUUAACAGAAUCAUCUUGUGUAGCAGAAUCUUCUUGUGGGGACAGUGUUAAAGAAUCACCAAAGCGAUGUGAGAAUGACAGAAAAACAAAGUCAAAUAGCCUGUCAGAAUUUAACGGAAAUGUAUCUGAUUUACAUAUAAAUUCAACAAAUACUGUUUACCAUGAAGAAUCAAUCAGGAAAAAGAAAAGAAUUAAAGAGAAACUUGAGUAUGAAGACCUUGAUAACAGAGAACAACCAGAAGGUGUCAUACUGAGAUUAACCCACAUGGAUCGCUACCUUCGUGGGCCAACACCAGCCACUAACACCACAUCCUCUAUCAGCAAUUGGGCCUCCAGCCUUGGUGAUAUCUCUCCUGAAGAUGCUAUACAGACUAUGUCACAGGAAAUCCUAACUUGGGGAUCUUGCAGACGUAAGAUACUGGGAGGGUCUUCAGCUUUAGCUGUAUUGGGUGAACUUUCACCUGGGGGUGCUCUUAUGUCUGGCACCAGUUUGCAACAACUGCACCAACAAGUGAGCCCUGUUACCAGAGAAGAAAUCAAGCAGACCUACAAUGCAAUGUGUGAACUGCUCAGGCACUUCUGGACUUGUUUUCCUGUUUCUUCUAAAACUUUAGAGGACAAGGUGACCAAAAUGAGGAUGACACUAGAAAGGUUUGAGAUGAGUAAGCUGAUACCACUCAAAGAAAAAGUCUCCCAGUACCAUUAUGCAAUGGAUCUAACAGGCCAUUUAGAAGAAAUGCUAAGAGCUGCGUACAACAAGUUCGACACCUGGCAAGCAAAGAAACAUGCCAGAAAAACAUGA